GUACUGGGCAAGGGUUGGAUACCGACGCGAGAUUAGCAGGUGCAUUAUGCUGCUCUGUUGCUUCUGACGGCCAGCGAUCGCAUGGUUGUGGGGUCCGGUGAAAAAAAGGAGCAGUGGGUUGUGUGUGUGUGUGUGUGCGUGCGUGUGUGUUUGUGUGUGCGAGUUGUGUGUGUUUGUGUGUGUGUGUUUGCGUCUCUGUGUCUGUGUGUGUGUCUGCCUGAGUGUGUGCUAGUACCGGGGAACGCCGGGCUCCCGAAGAUGCUCCAUGCUGGAAGGUGAACCGUGGCCCCGCAGAGUCUGCGAGGGGAGAGCCAAGGAGAGGAAGGCGAGAGGCCAGUCCCAGCAGAGUACCGGGCAAAGGGAUGUAAUGUAGCUGACUCAGCACCUCUCCCGCAUCGCCAAGUUCUCCCCGCCAGAUGACUGCUCCAUGACCGCCGGAUCCUGCAGCUGACGGGAGAAAGGGGGGAAUUUUUUUCUCCACCCAAAGCACUCGCCCUGUUUUUUCGGCCUCUUUGAUCCCUGGGCAAUGUGUUCCUGAUGUCUGUCUGUGGGCUGGAGAGCUUGGCAUUCUCUGCAGGAUGAGUGAGGGAGGUAUUUCUUCAGCCCCACCUGUUUUUCCUGUUGUUUCUGCAGACUCGGAAGGUGCUAAUCCGACAGAAGAGCAGGAGAGUUCUCCACCAUCCCGGGUUUUACACUGCAGUGGGUGCAUCGUGUGGCCUCGCCAGCAAACCUGGUUGUGCGUUGUUCCUCUCCUCAUUGGAUUCAUUGGGCUGGGACUCAGCUUGAUGCUGCUCAGGUGGAUUGUGGUGGGGUCGGUCAAGGAAUAUGUGCCGCCGGAUCAACUGGAAUCCAACCGCGUUGGGCAAGAUCCCAUCUUCCUCUCCAAGCCAAGCUCUGUCCCCAGGCAUCCAGAGACCACCGUGUACGCUGCUGCAAACCCUCCCGUCAGUACUGUUAGCCCCAGUACCCGGGGUACGAUGUCCAUCACGCCCAGACUCGCCACCCAGGGUACAAUCCACUCCACCACUGCCCUCCGCAGUCCCUCAACCCCAACGCCGAGACCAGGGGGCCCGCUCACCUCCAGCGCCCCGGGAACUUCGCCCUACCGCCUCACAUCUACUGCCACCCAUGGCACUCCCUGGCAGACAGUGCCCUAUUCUACCUCUUCAAGCAAAUUCUUCCUGCACGACUCCACGCCAUCCUGGACACUAUCGAAAUCGGGGGAAUCGACCACCGAUACUCACUCCGUCGCCAGGCCCAAAUUUCCUACGACCACCUACACAACUGAGAGGUCGGAGCACUUUAAGCCGUGCACAGAUAAGGACCUCGCCUACUGCCUGAAUGAGGGAGAGUGCUUCAUCAUUGAAACCCUCACUGGAAAUAACAAACACUGCCGGUGCAAGGAAGGAUACCAGGGUGUUCGCUGUGACCAGUACCUGCCGAAAACUGACUCAAUCCUAUCUGACCCAAGUAUGUGGAAUGUUUUCUUCCUUCAAUCAGAACAUCUGGGAAUAGAAUUCAUGGAGAGCGAGGAUAUGUACCAGCGACAGAUCAUGUCAAUAACCUGCAUCACCAUCGGACUGACAGUGGUCGGGAUGCUCUGUGUGGUCCUUUACUUCAAAACAAAAAAACAAAGGCAGAAGCUGCGUGAUCAAGGCAAGGAGAUCCGCUUUGCAAAAAGUUACAGUCUGAACACCACUGAAGUGAGCAGACCAGACAGUCCUCGUCAGAACGUACUACCCCUGGAAAAGUACACAAAGCCUGACAACAAUAUAGGGGAAGAACGGCGAAAAGUUCUGGAGUCACAGUUCUCAGCUGCCGGUUUGUCCCCAGCCAAGUCUUCACCAUCGCAAAAAUCAGUGGGGAAACCACAGAGGUAUUGCCCUUCCUCGUCUCUUAGCCCAAGACAGCUGGGCAGAAUGUCGUCGAAGGUCAGCCCUCGUCCCUCGCCUCCUCUACUCCACAGUUCCAAGAGUUCAGUUGGAGAAGGACAAGCCUCAAUGUCUCCCAGUACCAACAGCCAGAUCCAAGAUCAACUUUCUUCAGCCAAUGACUCGUUAGACAGCAAACGAGCUGCAACCACUUGCCGGAAAUCCCCUGAAAGUUCCCGUGACGUGUGUCCUGCCACCUCGCACCGACCCGUCCAGCUGUGCACAUUGGAGCUCAGAGAUAAAGGUACGUCUCCGCAGUGCUGGACGGCCUCGGUCCCUGUCACCCCUUUGAUGGGGGAGAAGAGUUGUGUCCAGGUACAAGUGGAGAGCCAGGAAUGUGGCUGCACAGAGCACGGUCCGCACUCCUACCCGGCUGACCUGAUGAGUGUGAGCGCGCCCAACACCCCACUCCACGCGGCCGAGGGUCAACAAGUGGAGAUGCUUCUUCAGACGGUACAGCGACAGAUCCAGAUCCUGGCUUUAGCCAGCCGCAAGCCAGAGGACUAUGAACUGAUCAACGAGUGUGAAGAGGCAGCUGGAGAAAACACUGCUUUCCUGCCCGUGGCUUCAGCCGAAGAGGUGCCGUUUCUGCUGAAGAAGGAACAAUGCAGAGACUGUGACCUAGGAAAGUGACAUUCUGCUGUCUGUACCUUCAUUGCAUUGUGAACCUGGGCAAAAGAAAAGAAUAUGAAAAAAAGGAAAAUAAUUUAUAUGCAUUUAUUUAAAGCAUUUAAUUAGAAACCAAAUAGUCUGUUGCCCCCAUAGUGGUUUAUGGAAACUAUUUUGUAUUGUUUUAUCAGAUAAUGUUUCUUUAUUUCUGGUGAAGAUCUUAGUGCCUAUUGUUCGCAGUGGGUGUAUAUUGGGAUGUGCUGUGUUUCACCAACUCCCAGCACGUCCACCGCUGACACAGCCUCACAUUCUGAACAGAGCCAAGUCCUGGGGGAGGUUUCCACUGGCAGAGACAAGGGGUACAGGGACUGGAGUGAGCUGGGCCUCAAGGGAGUGAUGCGCCCACCGGAUAUGGGAACCCUAACCAGAAACGGUUGAUGGCGAGCUACACGCACGCUGUACCGCUGGCGCCAGAAUGGGAUUAACCGCUGAGUCUUGUGGAACAGAUUUCUAGAACAGCCAUGUGCUGGAUCUGAGCAAUUAAACUGUUAACGAAUGCCCCUGUUGUUGACCCUGGAAACCCCCGGUUAACAGCUGUGUGCUGCCCUUGUUGACCCUGGACACCCGUGCAUCAGCUGUGUGCCCCUGCUUUGACCCUGGAAACCCAGCAUUACAGCUGUGUCCUUUGCUGUUGAUUCCAGGAACCAGGUUUAACAACUGUGUACCCUACUGUUGACCAUGGUCACCCAGUGUACCAGCUGUGUUCCCUUCUGUUGACCUUGGUCACCCAGUGUACCAGCUGUGUUCCCUUCUGUUGACCAUGGUCACCCAGUGUACCAGCUGUGUUCCCUUCUGUUGACCUUGGUCACCCAGUGUACCAGCUGUAUUCCCUUCUGUUGACCUUGGUCACCCAGUGUACCAGCUGUGUUCCCUUCUGUUGACCUUGGUCAACCAGUGUACCAGCUGCGAGCCCCCUCUGUUGACCUUGGUCACCCAGUGUACCAGCUGUGUGCCCCUGCUGUUGUGCAGUUUAGUGUGAUUAUGGGGCUGUGGCUGGUGUAAUAAGGAGGGACAUUGGUACUGGUGCCCUAGAUUCCUCAGCAAUAGAUACCCAACUCCAGCUACCAAGACAUAACUCUCUCUAAAUUGCCCCUCAAUUGAGUAGAAUUCAGAAUGAGUCCAAGUGUACACCGCUGGAUACGCUGCAGAGGACACAGAGGUCAAACAGCAGAUUGUCAUGCGGUUCUAAUGUAGCAUGGCUUGAUUAUCGGAAUAAUUCUACAUAGUUCCAGUGCUGAGGCUCAGAGCAGUGAAAUGAUGGCACUCCCAGUGCACCCCACCCCUUCCCUCUGCUCCCCUUCUACUCCCCCUCCCCACUACUCCCCUCCACCACCUCUGUCCAUUAUACACACUACACAAGGCAAGGUGCCCUAUGGAAGCGAGAGGCUACACACCUCACUAAUGCCAUGUCAGAGUUAAUGUGACUGAAGCCGGUAAUCAGGGCCCAUUCAUCACACAACCUGGUGGAACCCAUGGUGUACGAAUUAAAAAACAGUUUAAAAACUU